GGGACCUGGAGGCAGGACGCCGUGUCUCCAGGCCGCACUGGCGCUCUCGGCUGGUGCAGGGCGAGCUGGCGGGAGGCCUCUGCUCAGGUGAGGACGCUGAAGCCUGAGAGGGGAGGAGUAACCGCCCCAGGAGGAGCCAGGAUUCGGGUCCAGGCCCCGCUGCACUGGCUCUCAGGCAGUCCGCUGCACCAGGGCUGGAGCGCGGCGCUCUCGGGUAGAGCCCUUGGAAUGAGGAGCCAGGCAGAGGCGGCCAUGGGCAUCGCCCUUCUGACAGCCAUGGCCCCGGAUGCAGUGACUUUCCCAGAUGUGGCCAUAGACUUCUCCCAGGACGAGUGGGAGUGUCUGAAUCCUGCUCAGAGGACUCUGUACAAGAAGGUGAUGUGGGAGAACUACCGGACCCUGGUUUCCGUGGGUCUUUGCAUGUCUAAGCCAGCGGUGAUCUCCCUGUUGGAGCAAGGCAGAGAGCCCUGGGUGCCGGAUGGCGAGAUGGCAGGAGGCCUGUGCCCAGACUUGGAGUGUGUGUGGAUGACCAAAGAAUUAUCUCCAACCCAGGACAUUGAUGAAGAAAAAUUAUCCCAGGUAACGAUAACGGGAAGACUUACAAGCUGUGAUAAGUUGGAGUGUUCCACGUUAGGGGAAAAGUGGAGAGGUGAAGACCUGUUUGAGAGGGACCUGGUACGUCAGCAGCCACAGUUUAGGCAAGAGACGGUCAAUCCACAAGUUGCACUCAUUGAGAAAAAGGAACACUCUAGCAAAUCUGGGACAGGUUUUCAUCUGAAUACAUUUUCUUACGUAAAACACAUAUUUCCCAUUGAAGAGAGAAUAUACAACUUUGACACCGAUAAGGAGAGCUUAAAAACGCAUGCCUUUGUUAAAAAACACAAGCAAGUCUGUGGAGAAAAGAAACUUCUGAAAUGCAAAGACUGUGAGAAAACUUUCAGCAAAAUCUCAACCCUUACGCUUCAUCAAAGAAUCCACACCGGAGAGAAACCCUAUGAAUGCAUUGCGUGUGGAAAAGCCUUCAGCCAGAGUGCCCACCUAGCCCAGCAUCAGAGAACACACACGGGAGAAAAACCCUUUGAGUGCGCCGAGUACGGGAAAGCCUUCAGCCAGAACGCCCAUCUCAGUCAGCAUCAGAGAGUCCACACUGGAGAGAAGCCGUACCGGUGCCAGCGGUGCGCCAAAGCCUUCAGCCAGCUGGCACACCUCGCUCAGCAUCAGAGGGUCCACACGGGAGAGAAACCCUACGAGUGCACCGAGUGCGGGAAGGCUUUCAGCCAUGGCUCCUCCCUGACGGUGCAUCAGAGAACUCACACGGGGGAGAAACCGUAUGCGUGCGCGCUCUGCGAGAGAGCCUUCAGCCACCGCGGCUCUCUCACGCUCCAUCGGAGAGUUCACACCGGGGAGAAGCCCUACGAGUGUAAGGAAUGCGGGCAGGCCUUCAGCCAGAACGCACACCUCGCCCAGCAUCGGAAGACGCACACCGGAGAGAAGCCUUAUGAGUGUGAGGAGUGCGGCCGGGCCUUCAGCCAAGUCGCCCACCUGGCCCAGCACCGGCGGGUUCACACGGGCGAGAAGCCUUACGCAUGUGCGGCGUGCGGGAAGGCCUUCAGCGAUGGCUCCUACCUGGUCCAGCACCAGAGACUCCACACGGGGAAAAGGCCGUAUGAAUGCCUCGAAUGUGGGAAGGCGUUCAGGCUUAGGGCGUACCUCAUUAGUCACCACAGGCGUCACACAGGGGAGAAGCCCUAUGACUGUAAGGUGUGCGGGAAAGCCUUCAGCCACCGUAAGUCCCUUACUCUGCACCAAAGGGUUCAUACGGGAGAGAAGCCGUACGAGUGUCAGGAAUGUAGCAAAGCCUUCCGGCAGAGUGUGCAUCUCGCACAUCACCAGCGAAUUCAUACCGGAGAAGAAACUGGGAGCACUGUGUUCCUUGUUCUACAGGAGGUGGGCGAGGGUUCUCCAGCCUGUGUGGAGGGUUAG